AUGACGACGGCGACGUUGUCGAUGGAGACGUUACCUCUUGGUUUCAGAUUCAGACCAACGGACGAAGAACUCAUCAAUCAUUACCUGAGGUUAAAAAUCAACGGUCGUGAUUCAGAGGUUCGUGUUAUUCCAGAGAUCGAUGUCUGCAAGUGGGAGCCGUGGGACUUACCUGGGCUUUCGGUGAUAAAGACCGAUGAUCCGGAGUGGUUCUUCUUCUGUCCUCGUGACCGGAAGUAUCCGAGUGGUCACCGUUCUAACAGAGCCACUGACAUUGGCUAUUGGAAAGCCACUGGGAAAGAUCGGACAAUUAAGUCGAAGAAGAUGAUCAUUGGCAUGAAGAAGACUCUUGUCUUUUAUCGUGGUCGUGCUCCUAGAGGAGAGCGGACCAAUUGGAUCAUGCACGAGUACCGUGCCACUGACAAUGACCUCGACGGUACAGGACCUGGCCAGAAUCCGUAUGUUUUGUGUCGCUUGUUCCACAAGCCUAGUGAUAGUUGUGAUACUGCAAACUGUGAUGAAAUAGAGAAUGUUGAUUCCACUCCCACCACCGCUAGAUGCUCUCCUGAUGAUACAUCUUCUGAGAUGGUCCAAGAAGCAGCUACAUCUCGUGUACAUACUCUAAAUAAAUCAGAUGACACUGAGAAGUGUUCAAGCGACAAGGGUAGUGAUGUGAAACCUUAUGAUCCUGUGAGUAACAGUACUUCUGUCAGUCACGCUGGAACUUCUCGUGCCAAAGACGGUGUUUUGGGCAAAACGCUGGUAGAGGAAAAUCCACUUGUAAGGGACAUUUAUGGACCCAGCUCUACUCACAUCUGUGACAAAACAUAUUAUCCAGCGCAAUCAAGCUUUGGUUUUCCUGGAUCACACAUGGAUUCGAUGUAUUCUAGCGAUUUUGGGAACUGUGAUUAUGGGUUACAUUUUCAGGAUGGUGCUGCUGUACAAGAUGCAUCCUUGACAGAUGUCUUGGAUGAGGUGUUACAUAACCAUAAUGAAUCCUCUAGUGAAGGGAAAGACUUUUCGUUUCCAAAUAUGAUGCAUUGGCCUGGAAAUACGAGACUGUUGUCUACAGAGUAUCCAUUUGCCAAAGACGGUAAUGCUGAAGUUGCCGGUCCACAGUUUGUUCCUUCCAUUGUAGCUUCCAGAUGGGUUAGUGAACACCUCGUCGAUAACAAGGAGCUGGUAGAGAUGCAAUCUUCUUCCGGGUCCUCUCGGACUAUGACGCCAAAUCAAAGCAAUGUUUUUGGGCAGUAUGCUUCAACGUCUUACGCAACUACAGAUCCAUUUAACUCUGAUAUUAAUCAGCCUGAGCUAUCAUCCUUUGAGCAAAGCCCUGUUGACCACAAAAUUAGUCCCAGUGACAUUUCUGGGUUCAAGGCUAGGUCUCGGGAGAAUCAGACGGAUCUGGACUUCGUUGUGGAGCAAGGAACUGCACCUAGAAGAAUUCGCCUGCACAUCGAACAGCCAUUCACGCUAGAUAACAAGAAGAAAGAGAAAGCUGCAGAUAGCCAUGAAGAAGAGGAAGUACAAUCUGCCAUGUCCAAGGUCAUAGAGGAGAGUGAAAGAUACUUCCUUGACAGAGAUAAGACAAGUAUACAUGGUCAUGAAAGUCUGUUGAAAUCAGCUAAUUUUAGGACUCAGGGAACUGCUCAGAGGAGAAUUCACUUGCAAACGAGAUUUCAGCAGCAUCCCUUGAGUUUAAACAACACAGGGAGAGACUCAAACCGUAGUGAAGAAGAUGCAAGCCGUAGUAAGGGCAUGCAGGAAAGGGAAGAAGAGGUAUCAUCCUCAUCGCAGAGACAUGGGAAGCUAAUGAGAAGAAGAAGCUUUGUGCAGUGUAGUAGUAUGGUGAUAAUAAUGGCGAUGAUAGUUGUUUUAGUAGGAAUGUGGAAAGAGUCGAAAGAUGCCAAAUGUAGCUUCAUGUUUCAUCAAUUAGAUUCCUUCAAAGGAAUCUUUACUUGA